AUGUCGACGCAGUGCGCGAUCUGCAUGGUGAAGAUGCCGACGCUCCAGAACCUCAAGGACCACUACGUGGGCAAGCACCCGAAGGAGUGCCUCCCCGCGGGCCUCGAGGACGGCAUCAAGGCCGCCGAGGCGAAGAAGAAGGCGAACGAGGAGAAGAAGAAGGGCAAGGCGCCGCCGGGCGACGGGCCCGGCAAGAAGAAGAAGGGCGGCGGCGACGAUCUGAGCCUGCUCAUGGAGGGCCUCAACACCGGCAAGAAGAAGAACGGCGCGUUCCUCGUCGAGGCGCCGACGGAGGAGCUCGAGGACUUCCUGCUCGCGCGCUGCGGCGGGCUGGAGAGCACGCAGCGGCGCCGCGUGCUCUCGGAGGUCGACGCGUUGAAGCGGCGGGAGCGGCUCGAGCCGCGCGGCGUGUCGCCCAGCGACGAGGACAGCGACAAGGACGAGCUCGUGACGUGCUCGAGCACCGAGGGCGACAAGGCGCCGCCGCCCAAGGCCGCCGCGCCGCGGCCCGGCCUGCUGUCGCGCAUCUUCGGCGGCCGGCGCGCCGCGGCCGCGGAGUCGGAGGCGCCGUCCGCGGCGUCGAGCGGCGACGAGGCCGACGACGCGCCGCCGCCGCACCCCGACGACGACGACGACGACGCCGAGGGCCUGGACCACGGCGAGCGGCACCGCGUCGUCUACAGCGAGGACGAGGAGUCAAGCGACGACGACGACGACGCGUCGCUGGAAGUCGAGGCGAACGGCGAGGCCUGGAGCCGGCGGGGCCACGCCUGGCUCGGGCGCUACGUGAGCCGGUUGCUGUGGAACGCGGAAGGCGGGUGCCGCGAGCGCGCGACGGGCGUUUUGGUCGCGUGGUGCGAGCGGUCGGCGUGGGAGGUCGACGGCGAGGCGCGGCCGCUCUGGCGCGCGGCGUUCGAGGGUUGCGGCGACCUCGUGGAGCUGGACAAGGACGACGUCGAGGCGGGCUUCGUCGAGUUCCGGCGCACGCUCGAGGCGCGGCGGCGGUUGCGGCACCCGAAGCAGCGCGACUCGGCGUCGGUCCGGAGGGGCCGCGCGGAGGCGCGGCGGCGCGACGGCGAGGUCAGCGACGACGAAUCGAAGAAGGCGUCGUCGGCGAGCCUCGAGGCGCUGGAGGAGCUCGAGCGCAAGGCCGACGCGGAGCGCGAGCGCAAGCGCGGGCGGCAGCCGAAGGCGAGGAAGGAGCCGCGGCCCCGGAAGAGCCGGUCCGGGCAGCGCAAGUCGAACGCGGCCGCCGUCGCGGCGCUGCCGCCCAUGGGCCGCCGGUCCCAGGGCGAGGCGCCCGCCGUCGCCGCGCCGCCGCCGCGGCCCGCGAAGCCGCCGCCGCCGCGGACGGCCUCCGCGGCCGACGACGACGCGGGCACGCGCGAGGAGCGGAAGCGGCGCCGCGAGUGGGCCGAGACGGACGCGGAGACGCGCAAGCGCACGACGAGCGAGCAGACGCGCGCCGUCGUCGACGGGGCCCUGGCGGGGCUCAACGUCAUCUCCAUCGGCGACGCCGCGACGCUCGCGGGGCUGAACGUCUUGACGAAGCGCGGCCGCGCGCACGCGAAGCAGCAGCGCGAGCGGAGCCAGCUCUCGGGCUGCACCGUGCCGAGCCCGCGGGCGGCGGCGGCGCCGAGCCCGCGGCCGGCGGCGAGCCGGUCGAGCAGCCCCCGCGCGAAGACGCCGAAAGCGGGCGGCGGCGCCGCGCGGCCCGCGGCGGCGCGGCCGCCGCCGCCGCGGCUCAAGAUCCCCGCGGCGCUCGGCCUCGCCUGCGCCGCGGUCGUCACGCCGGAGACGUCGUCGAGCGCGUCGGGCCGGCCCGUGCGGUCCCUGAGCGGCAAGCGGUCCUGCGGCGGCUGCGCGCGGAACCCGUGCGAGCACACGUCCGCGGGCUGCUUCCUCGGCGUCGAGCAGGCCAACGGCCGCUACCUCGCGCGCGGCGACGCGCCGAAUCUCGCCGGCGCCGCGCCCGGCGCGCCGGAGCGCUUCACGACGGCCCUCGAGGCCGCGCGGCGCUUCGACAUGGUCCACAAGGCCCGGGCGAAGGCGCGCGCCGCCGAGGACGGCGACGACGUCGUCGACGACCGCGACCGGCGCAACUUCGACUGGCGCGACGCGGCCCAGCUCGCCUGGGAGAAACAGUUCCUCUCGAAGCAGGCCGCGAAGCGCAAGGACCUGAAGCGCAAGCGCGACGCGGGCGACGACGGCGCCGGCGCCGCGCCGCGGCCCCGGAGCCCGCGCGCGGCCGCGAGCCCGCGCGCCGCCGACGGCGGCGGCAUCGCGCCGCCGGACGACGAGGCCAACUGCGGCGACCGCCUGACGCGGGACGGCCGCGAGUGGUACGUGGCCUACGACGAGGAGACGCUCGAGGACGUCGCGGCCGAGCACGGCCUCGAGCCGGCGAAACUCCUCGCGGCGAACCGCAAGUGCUCCCACUUCCGCAGCGGCCCGCCGCUCCAGCUCACGUCCAAGCUCAAGCACCACACGCGCGUCCUCCUGCCGAACUAGGCGCGCCGCCGACGGCCGACGACCGCGGGCGGGGGCUUCGGACCCGCCGCGCCGCGAGAACCACAAAAAAAAUGACAAACACAAGGCGCCUCCGCUUCCCGACGAAGCCGAGCGCCGCACCACGCGAAGGCGACAAGACGAACGCCGACCGCCGGGCGCCCCGCGGACCGCCGCCGCGCGCGAGCGCGGCCGCGAGCCGCCGCGCGCCCGUCGAAGACCCCCCAAGAACUUCCCACGCCCCCUAACUCAUCAAGAAUG